AUUUGAUAAAUGGUUAAACAGUAUAUAUUCGGCAGAUCGGCUCCAAACUCAGCAUCCAUUUGCUGCUGUUGGCAGGGUUAAUAUGUUUUCAUAAAUUGGAGCACAGUACCGGCGGCUUCUAUACUGGAGAACACUAGUUACGGCGUUGACUCGAACAAUUACUCGCUAACACUCUCGACUGUCUUCAUCUACAUGAUGAUCCUCGGAUAAUAUCUAAUAAUCCUCACCUCGACAUUUCAACAUUUGAAGACCGAGCUUCUUCUCAUGACCCCAGACCCUAUUGCUUCGGAGUUGCUUCCGAACAGCCUCAACAACCAGGAACAUGCAAGCGAAAUAACCCCACGAUCACCCGUGCAAGAGAUAAUACCGUCCGGACUCUGCAUGUUCAUAAUCUCACACAAAAGCGCUGCUGAUCAACGAUGUAACUGUCCGGGCUUCGCAAGAAAUGCCGCGCUACCUGGUGCAUACUGCUCUUGCGGCCACCAAGCAUCUUACCAUUCGCAUCAAGAUGAUGAUGGACAUAUGCCUCCACCGCCAGUAGCGGCGAAUACUAUCCCUACUUCUAUAGACCCAUUAUGCACCUCUCCCUCCCACGCAACUCUCGUGCAUAGAAUCCAGCAUCUAGAAUCCGAACACGCAAAUGACAGGAAACAAUGGGAGAAAGAGCUGCGUCGAGAGCGGCAUUCACGACAAGAAGAUAUCAGGACGCUACGUGAAGCAAUGCAUGCGUUUUUCCGGGUCAUUGAGAAAGAUAUUCCGCGCCAGUUCGCAGAUGUAGAAGACAGGAUUGAGAGUUUGGUGGAUCAUCAUCAGCGGGUGCGGGAAAAGAUUGUUAGUGUGGACGAUUUCUCGAUGGCGUUAGAUGAUAGGGUUAUGGAGUUGGAGAAAGUGGUUUCUCCGAGUAGGUUUGAUGAUGGGGGAGGGGAGGGGGAGAGGGCGAGGCAGGGAGAUGGAGAUGGUUUGGUAAUGAAUGACUUCAGGGUUCCUCUGUCUAUAUCCAACUCUCAUAUUCGGCAGAACGGUGGACAUGUUCUGAAUAUCAAGGAAGAGGCGCCAGAAAAUGAUAGCACUUUGAGACAUAAGAAGAGAGCAUCGCAUUCGUCAAAUCCUUACAAUCCAAUGCCUGGCUUGUCAACUGGAGAGCCGCAUCAUGUCCCCAACCAACUACAAACUCUUCCUAAAGAGCCCGCAGCUAUGAAGAGGAAACGAAGUAUCCAGGUGGAACGGAAGUCAGAAUCCGGUAUAAGACUUACUCUGCCAAACCCACCACCAUUGCUAUUAUCAGACUAGAUUUGCUAGCUGUCGAAUAUAACAGAAGAUCUUGAAA